AACUUAAUAAUGAUAAAUUUUCCUUUCCCUUAGGAGUGAAAUAUUAUUACCCAGCAUUCCAUGUGAAAGUGGAGCACCAACAAUGGCGGAUCAGGAAAGGAGAAUCAAAGAUGCUCAGAUGCGUGCUACUAUCAACCAGAAACUGGUUGAGACCGGAGAACGGGAGAGGCUGAAAGAGGUGCUGAGGACUAAACUGAUCGAGUGUGGCUGGAGGGAUCAGCUCAAGGCACACUGCAAAGAUGUUGUGAAGCAGAAGGGUCUGGAACACAUCACUGUGGAUGAGUUGGUGGCUGAAAUCACUCCCAAGGGCAGAGCCCUUGUCCCUGACAGUGUGAAGAAGGAAUUGCUCCAGAGGAUUCGCCACUUCCUGGCCCAACAGUCCAAUAUCUGAUGUGCCUUGUCCAGACUGUUGGCUACAGUUGUGCACCCUCAUGCCCGUAGCUAGGAUUUUGAAUGGGGGAUUCUUCCCAGUGCGUGAGGGACCAACGAGCGC